AUGGACAACGGACAUAUUGGUAAGAAAGUUUCUCAAAUUUGGGCGUUCUCUCAGCAAACAUCUUUUUCAGAAGAAACUAACAUUGUUGAAAUCGAUCCAGCCACUGGCGGAGCUACUUUGAGCUUCAGCUAUGCAUCGGAUUUCCCAACCCUCCCGGAAACAGCUCCAGCCGCCGCUCCAACCGCCAAACAAACCAACGUCUGGUCUCGCCCAGCACUCUCCAAGACUGACGUGAUCAUCACUUUCCACUUGGCCUCUGAUGAGCGUUCCAACAAGGUGAAGAGCUUCGGAAACACCUCGGAGGAAUCAAAGAAAGCCCAAUUGAUCGCUAGCGCUACCAAGACCAGAAUCGAGCUUAGCGAAUCAAAAGACGGAGAGCUCACCGUCGUCGUUAAGGGAGAACGCGCCAAGGUUGAGGAUGCUCGCGCUCGCAUCAUUCGCGAUCUCCAAACCCAGGCAUCUCGCGAUGUCGACAUUCCAAAAGAGCAUCACGGACGUCUCAUCGGGAAGGAAGGAGCCCUUCUCCGCAACUUGGAAGCUGAGACCAACUGCCGAAUCCAGAUCCCAAAACGCGAUGAUCCAAGCUCUAAGAUCACCAUCACUGGACCACGUGAAGGAAUUAUGCGUGCCGCCAAGCACAUCUUGGAUGUAUCGGAGCAUGAAUCCAAGCUCGCCACCGAGCACAUCGUCUGUCCAAAGAACCUGGUCCCAUUCGUUCGUGGACCACACAAUGAGAUCUACGAUCGUCUCACCGCUACAGGAGUCAAGGUGAACAUCCCACCACCAACCGCCACUAACGAGGUGAUUUCUGUCACCGGAGAGAAGGAAGGAGUCUUGCGCGCCGCUGCCGAAAUCCGCAAAAUCGUUGAGUCGAAGAAGAAUGUUACAAGCAUUCAAGUUCAAGUUGCUCGCACUCAACACAGAUAUAUCAUCGGACAAGCUCGCAGUGGAAUCCAUGAGAUUCUUGCCAAGACCGGAGUCGUCGUUGAGGUUCCAUCCGAGGAAUCUAAAUCCGAUCAAGUUACCCUUAUCGGAGAUGCCAACGAUUUGGCCAAGGCUCUGACCCUCGUCAUUGAGCGCGCAUCAUCUGUUGUCACUCAGUCCAUCGCAUGCCCUCAAUGGCUUCACAAACAUUUGAUUGGACCAAAGGGAGCCACUCUUGCCACCCUCGUUCCAAACCGCAAUAACGUCCAAAUCGAGUUCGACAACAGCAACCACAUCUUCCUCGAGGGAUCUCCAGAAGAAGUUAAGGCUGCUUUCGAGCCACUCAACAAGGAGGUCGCUCGUCUCCAGAUGGAGCUUGCUAUUGAGAAGGUUAAAGUUCACCCCAGCCUUCAUCGCCACGUCAUUGGACGCGGUGGAUCACUCAUCUCGAAGAUCAAGGAACAAGCGGGAGUUCAAAUCACCAUUCCAAGUGAGGAGACCAACUCCGACGAGAUCGUUGUUGAAGGAAAGAAGGACGGAGUCAAGAAAGCUGUUGCUGAGAUUCGUUCGAUUGUUACCAAGAUUGAGAAUGAGAAGUCUCGCGAUAUUAUCAUUCCACAAAGACUCCACAAGCUCAUCAUCGGAACCAAGGGAUCCGGAGUUCAAGUCAUCCGCGACUCUCAUCCAAAUGUGUCGAUUAUGUUCCCAGAUGCCAAAUCCAAAUCCGAUGUUGUCAACAUCCGUGGAGACAAAGCUGAAGUUGACGCUGUCUUCAAGAAGCUUACAGUUCUCUCCAAAGAAUUUGCCGAGAACAACUAUCAGCAGACUGUGGCUAUUUUCAAGGAGUUCUUGAAGCACAUCGUCGGAAAGGGAGGAGCCACCAUCCGCAAACUCCGUGACGAAACCGAGACCCGUAUUGACCUCCCAGAGAGUGGAUCCGAUGAUGGCAAAAUCACCGUCACCGGAAAGCAAGCCAAUGUUGAAAAGGCUGUUGCUCAACUCAACAAGAUCCAAGAAGAGCUCGCCAAUGUUGCCGAAGAGAGUAUUGACAUUCCACAGAAGGUUCAAAACCGCUUCUUCGGAAAUGGACGUCGUUUGAUCUCGGACAUCGAAGAGGAAUGCGGAGGAGUUCACAUCCGAUUCCCAUCAGAGAAGAGCGAGUCCACAAAGGUUACUAUCCGUGGACCAGCUGGAGACGUCACGAAGGCUGUUGGUCUCAUUUCUGCUCUCGCUAAGGAUAAGGAAGAGAACUAUGUCGAGGAUACCGUUAAGGCUAAGGCUGAGUUCCACCGUUUCUUGAUCGGAAAGGGAGGAUCUAAGAUCGCCAAGCUUCGUGACACCCUCAACGUGCGUAUCAUGUUCCCAAAUGAGGGAGAUGCUGAGAAGGAGACGAUCCACUUGCUCGGAAAGAAGGAUGACGUGCCAAAGGCUAAGGCCGCUCUUGAAGAGGCUAUCAAGCAUCUUUCCGAGACUGUUGACAUCAAGAUCACCGUCGAUCCAAAGUACUACAAGAACUUCUUGGCUCGUGGAGCUGCUUUGAUCAAGGAGAUUCAAGAUCAAAACGGAGGUGUUGUCAUCUCAUUCCCAAAGAAUGGAUCUGACAGCAAUGAAGUUUCGAUCCGUGGAUCCAAGCAAUGUGUGGAAGCCGCUAGAGCUCGCAUCGAAGAUACCGUUGAAGACUACGAAAAGCAGAUCACCGACACCGUUUCCAUCCCAGCUCAGUUCCACCGUGGACUUCUUGCUGGACGUGGAGCGAAGAUUCACGAACUCCAAUCGAAGUACAACGUUUCCGUCAGAUUCCCGAAUAACCGUGAUGAAGGAGCUGAAUCAUCCGAUGAAGUCAUCAUCUCCGGACGUGACACCAAGGUUGAGGAGGCUAAAGAAGCUCUUCUUGCUUUAGUCCCAAUCUCGAAGGUCAUUCAACUGCCAGUUGAUAUGCAUCGUUCGAUUAUUGGACGUGGAGGAGAGACUGUCCGCAAGCUCAUGCAAGACUACGACGUCAACAUUUCCAUUCCAAAGGACAACUCCAGCGAGGACAUCACUGUCACCGGACAAGUUGAUAAUGUCGAACAAGCCCUCGAAGCUCUCCGUGGAAAGCUUGCUGAGUACGAGGCUCAAGCAGAGGACCGUAAGCUCAAGCAAUGGUCGAUGACUAUCAAUGUUCCAACUGACUACCAUCAAAAGAUCAUCGGACAGCGUGGAGCCACCAUCACUGCUCUUAAGGAGAAGUAUGGUGUUAACAUCAAUGUCCCACGUGAGGAUGGUAACGAGGCUAUUACUAUCGUUGGAUACGAGGAGAAGGCCAAAGAAUGUGCUGCUGCUAUCGAAGAGAUGAUCUCGGAUCUCAGAUCCAUGUUCACUCAAGAGAUCACUUUGGACUCCAGAUAUCACCCACGUCUCAUUGGAACUCGAGGAAAGAACUUGAAGAAGGUCAUGGAUGAUUACCAUGUCGAGAUUCGUCUUCCACGUCAAGGAGCCGAAGAUCCAAACUUGGUUAUCGUCGCUGGAAAGGACGAGAACGACGUGUACGAUUGCAUCGAUCACUUGAGAUCUGAAGAGGAAACCUUCUUGCUUGACAACGUCGAGAGAGUAAGUUUUUAUGAUGAUUCCGAUCACAACUUAUUUCAAUCAUUUCAGACUCAAUACAUGUCUCCACGUCAACAGGAGUCUCAUAACGCUCGCCCACAAUCCGGGCCAGUCACUGUGCAAAUGAAGGGAGCCCCAUGGCAAUUGGACAUCGGAAGCUCGGAACAAUUCCCAGACAUGGGACCUUCGGCGACUACUACUGCUGCUGUCGGUGGAGCUUGGGGAUCGUCCCGUCGUUGGUAA